CUCUUGCACCGUACCCACCACUCGACUUCGCCGUUUCCUCGCACAAGCAUGUUUAGUGCGCGCUCAGUAUGAAGCCUACUUCCCAAGUGCGCAUGGCAAGGUCUCGAGUGCAUCAGAUGAGGCCCAAGCUCUGCUUUGUCCUCCAACAAUGAGAUCCGCCAAACUGGGACAAUAGCACUGGCAGGAGCGCCAAAGCGCAGAGCCCCGAGUCUAUAUAAGCUCCGGCUGAGCUAUCCUUGCAUCUUUCCCCCAUUGCUCGCCCGGCCACCGCUCAGCCCAUGUCCACGUCCGUGCGACCCGUCCUCUCGAUCCCCGUGCAGAUUGGCCCUCCGCGGCCCGAUCUCCUGCCCUGCCUUGAGCCCUUCGAGCUCCCCUCCCCGCGGGCACUCGUAAACCACAUCGAGGAACUGCUCCGGACGCUGCGCUGGAGCACCUGCGAGCUCUUCAGCAUGCACCAGGGACAGUUCACUGCGGCUUCGGGGUCGGACAUCGACCAGCAGACGUGGGAUUUCAUAACGCAAGUCUUGCAUCUGCUCCCCGUGAGCUUCCUGCCUGAGAAUAUCUUGAACUCGAGACUGAACAUCUACCAAACCUUGUACCAUGCCGAGUCCGCUCGGCCCAUUCAAAUCCGCGAAUUCGUGAACCCUGCCGCAGAGAUGCCUGAACCAGCGAUGCUCGAGAAAGCCAGCGGGGACCCCGAGGCGGUCGAGAUCACCACCCGCAUCGAGGGCAACCCAUACGUCGACUACGAGUUCCACCUCAUCCAGAACGCCCUGACCGGAACGGACGUGGUCGACUACGUCGUCGAAUUCGAGCCUGAUCUCAAUCCCGGAAGCAUAGAAGAGAACGAUACCAGCUCUGAAGUUGAAAUGGAGAUCGAAAUGCAACUCGGCGGAGCGGAUCCGGACGAGAGGAAUCACCACUCGGAACCGGAGGACGCGAAAAGCCGCUCGACAUCCCCGACUGCGGUCGCCUCGCCGUCCGACGGCGCGUCAGCGAAAAGCACCAGUCAGCCGCAGCAUCCGAGGAAGCCGAGCAGCAGGUCGUCUCCUGCGAGGGAGCAGGCGGCCAAGGCCGCUGCGCAGCGUGCGCGGGCUCAGGCACGUGCUAGUCCUCCUGCGAGACGCAGCCCCUCUGCGACUCCUCCCGUUCCAGAGGAAGCGGGUGCGGCUACACCCCUUGGGUCCGUGAGAGAGGAGUUGGGCGAGGCGCCAGCUGUGGAGAAGGUGCUGUCGCCUUGAUAGAUCAUAUUUCUUUCUGUGCAUUUGUAUCGUCUGAUUCGUUCCCAUACUCUGAAUAUGCCUGGGACUCAUUCGUCGGAAACUUGGUGUGCAAGACACGGACACCAACUGUUGCCUGUACAGGAUUUGGCGAUCACUGGUGGUCGGCAUUGAACUGUGCUUUAAACGACGGUGGCUAGGUACUGAGAAAACGUCUGUGCAGCUAUUAGCCCCAACAGAUCCAUGGGAAAUGACUUCAUCUCGGGUUUAUGGCACGGAAAUGAGAACCAGUCAGCUGCUGUUCCCGCUUCAUCCCAGCAACAAAAUCACCGUCCCAGCAGCCUGCCUCAGUCGCAUCCUGCUCUCACCCUCCUCUCAUACAUGCACGGCCAGAAUCUGCGCUGCCUGUUUCCUGCUCAUUCCAUCUGGUCAAUGGCAAUUCGAAUAGAGAAGACUAGGGUCCAUCCAGUCUAGGCUAGCUUGAUGAGGAACGGCGCUGAAUAAGAACUCAUCGGGGCUCCCGUUCGUGGUGAAUCAGGGGUGGCUUCUGCAAUACCAGGCUAUGGGACCCCUCCGCGGUCAUGAGAGCUGAUGGGAAACGAGUCCAGGACCAGCGCGGUCGAAUGGAUCGUGACUCUGUCCUUUGUCCGGAUUGGCGUUACAGCACAACUCAAUGCCGCGGCAGGGUUCCAGCCUGCGACAAGUCGUCGCAAGGCUCACCAGAUCUUCGUAACACGAAGUCCUAUACCAGCCGAGCAUCAAUACAUGCGUCUAGUCGCUCACGGGGCCUAGGCUCUGCAAGGGUUAGAGCGUGGGCUGCAUAGUGCCCAGUCUAUGCACAUCAUUCGAUACCGUGCAUUCCCCGAGAACGAAUCACACAAGGAAGGGCCAGCGAGUCCAUAUUAAGCAGUCAUCUCAUUCAAUGGAAGUCAGCACCACGAAGACGCAUCCAACCACUAGCCACGCUGGUCACAUACCCGUCAAUACAGUGCGGGCGAAGUGAAUCCGCGCGCACGAUGCUGCGAGAGCAGGGAUCGUGUUCGUGUUGUGACGGACCGCAAGCGCGAGCUAGAAACCUUGUGCUGUGUCGUAGUCUUCGCCAGACCACAUCCCCAUGUCUACGAAUGGGUGAAAAUGUGCAGGCGGAGGACCCGGAAAGCACCGCGCAAUCAUGCAUACACUCUGAGUCGCCGGGCCAUUGGUGAUUGCACCGAGAGAGGGCUCUACGACCAGGUCCUCUUUUGAUUGUGUUUCAGUAGGGCACAGGGCACGCGUCGGAGUCGACAGGGUGUAGGGGCUUCGAGAGGGGAGGCAUGCAGCACACACGGCUUUCUUGCAGACUUCACCCGAGACGAAAGAGAAUCAGUUAGAGUAAACGGUGAGCGAAGCAGAAGGGAGGGGAAGGAGUCUGGUCCCAGGCGAUGGGUGUCGGAUGCUACUUUCGCGAUGAAUACGGACUCAGGAACAAAUGGAUUGCCGACAAGAUGAAAAGUGAGCGGACCUGAAAAAGAAACCGCUGAUGGGACUCGAACCCACAACCUUCGCCUAAGUGGGCUGUCUUAGGAAAGCGAUGCACUACCUUUGUGCUACAGCGGCUUGGACUCUGUUCACACGUUGAAAAUAUGACACUCAAUGC